AUGAAGGCCUUAAUCAGAAGAGAAUUCCAGACCUCGAAAUGCAACGAAAUUAAGGCUCGAACAAAGGAGAAACAGUGGACAGUGGCACUCUCCGACAUACCCGACUGGCCAAGAAUCGAAGCCGUUGCUGAGUUUAGACUACGUACCGGACACGAUUGCUUGGCAAAACAUCUUUACAGAUUGGGAGUAUACACUCAACCCACAUGUCCUCGGUUUGUUAAUGGUGCUUCUGAAAGCGACUAUAGUUUUACAAUGGUUAUUGAUGAUGGUGGUGAUGAUGAUGCUUGUGGUGGUGGUGGUGGUGGGGCUGUUGUGGUUGGUGCCCACAACCUUGAGCAACAUUCCAUUUUUUCGAAUGAUUUCUCAUUUUCCAAAAUAAUAAUAUGA